CCAACUUCCCAAAGUUCUCUUCUUUCUACAACAAUCCCAACUCAAGUUUUUGCUAAAGUCAAUUCUAUGAUAUUUGUAACUUCUUCGAAAAUCUCUCAAGAACAUAAAGCUGCUCUUGAAGGCCGAGAGCAUCCGCAUAGAGGAGAAGCCUAAUCACAUAGCGCUAUUUUUUGAAUGACGCUCAGGGGGUAAUAUCAACUACUUGAAUCCCUUCGUUAACAUCAUGGAAAAUGGACAUCAUCUAGGGCUGAGCACUGGAGGAGCUUUCGCCUCGGGUAUUUAAGGAAGGUGAACUUUAGCUGGCAGGUUAGAAGUUCUGCUAAUUUGGUGGAGGCCAUGGCCGGGUGGUAUAAAUUCUUAUUUGAAGCCGGGGAUGAGGUGGAGAAGAGCAGCGGGGAGAGCUCUCAUGGUUGGAAACUCUUCUCAGCAUUCCUCAAUCUUAUGACAAGAAAUAGGCAAAAGCAGCGCAAUGGUCUUCCUUUGCGUCUGCCCUACACCAGGGUUCCGCCAUCAUUGAUGGAUAUUGUAGAUAAAGUAAAUGAGCUAUGUGAGGAAAUGUCAGAACAAGUUUUAUCAAGCUUGCAUGAUGUGCAAAAGAACUUACAUUUCUGGCAGACUCGUGCAAAGGGAACAGAUGCUGAGAAAUUGCAUUUUAUGGUUUUUGAAAGAGGGCCAUGGGCAUUCUUUGAAGGAACUGCACAAAUAAUACGUGGAUUUCUUAUUGAGGGUUCUCCUGUGAAGCAUUUGAGUCUUGCUGCUGCUUCUCAGAUUUCAGAAAGAGUUGCAGAACUGACAGCAUUACAAUGCUAUCUUGCAACUUUUAUUGCUCAGGAUGCAACAUUUCCACAGGCUAAUGAAAAGGCGUUUAAAUAAAGUCUCAACCAGCAAUGACUUGGAC